AUGACGGAUGGAUUUGAAAUGAGCAUGGUAGGUGAUUUAACCUAUUUUCUAGGUCUGCAAGUCAAACAGUCAGAAGAUGGAACAUUUAUUUCUCAAAGUAAAUAUGCAAAAAAUCUGGUCAAGAAAUUUGCGAUGGAGUCUGCUAAACAUGCUAAAACACCAAUGGGAACCACAGUCAAACUAACCAAGUAUGAAAAUGGUGUUAAAGUAGAUCAAACAUUGUACAGAAGCAUGAUUGGAAGUCUUCUGUAUCUCACAGCUAGUCGUCCUGAUAUUAGCUACAGUGUUGGGGUCUGUGCUUGA